UAUUUAUUUGUAAUAUGAUAUACAAUUCAUUCAUAGGUACUGAUGGAUAUGUUUUAUCAAGAUGAUUGUACAGAAGGUCCACAAAGUAGUUUGGGUGCAGUUGUUUCACAGACUUACGAAGAGUCUGUUCGAGACCUCAUUCACGAUGAACGACAUUACAUUCGUGAUCUACAUAUGAUUAUCAAGGUAUUUCGGGAAGAAAUUGCAAAGUUAACGCAAGACAAGAGCGAGCUUGAGACGCUUUUUAGUAAUAUUACAGAUAUUUAUGAAGUUACAAUGACGUUGCUUGGCAGUUUAGAAGAUAUAAUGGAAAUUACGGAAGAAAAGCAAACGCCUACAGUUGGCUCAUGUUUUGAAGAAUUGGCAGAGGCAGCAGAAUUCGAUGUUUAUAUAAAAUAUGCGAAGGAUAUUAAUAGUCCAGCUAGUCGGGAAGUUUUAACCAAUUUAUUGUCGAGACCGGAAGCUAGUGCGGCUUUACGAGCAGCAGGCCAUGGUUUCAAGGAAGCUGUUAAAUAUUAUUUGCCAAAACUUUUAAUGCAACCUAUAUGGCAUUGCUUCCUGUAUUUUGAUUAUAUAAAGGUUUUAAACAAGCGCACACCCAAUACAGAGGAUGGCGAAACUCUGGAACAGGUCCAAGGCUUGUUAAGACCAUUACAAAUGGAAUUAAUGCAAUCUGUAGCGAGUCUUCCAAAAAAGGAUACUGGCUUGCGGAUGCAAAGUAGAGCAAGAAGACAGGCGGCACUAGAGAAGGCUAGUGAACUACAAAAGACUGUGGAUGGCUGGGAUCAAAGAGAUAUCGGGCAGUGUUGCAAUGAAUUUAUUAGAGAGGAUACAUUGAAGAAAGUGGCUAGUAAUGGACGAAGAUUAACAGAAAGGAAAGCUUUAUUGUUUGAUGGCUUGUUAGUAUUGUGCAAACCAAUUGGUAGCAAAAGAGUUAGUGUUACUGUCGCGGCGGGUAUUGUUGCAGUCGGAGUAGGUGGACACUCGACUCAUCAAGGUGAAUUCCGACUGAAAGAGAGACUUUUCAUUAGGAAAGUCGAUAUUAUCGAUAGAGAAGAUACCGAAGAAUUAAAAAAUGCUUUUGAAAUUGCACCAAGGGACCACCCUAAUGUUAUUCUUGUUGCCAAAUCUGUCGAGGACAAGAAUAAUUGGAUGGCAGAUUUAGUGAUGUUAAACACAAAAAGUAUGUUAGAAAGAACUUUAGAUAGUAUUCUCUUGGACGAAGAAAGAAAGCACCCUUUGAGAUUACCACCGUCUCAUUUGUAUAAAUUUGCUGAACAAGACAGUCCGGAAAAUAUUGUUUUGGAAGCCAGAGAAAAUGGCGGUGUUCCUUUAAUUAAGGGUGCAACUUUGGUAAAAUUAGUGGAAAGAUUAACUUAUCAUAUAUACGCUGAUCCAGCUUUCGUAAGAACAUUCCUUACUACUUAUAGGAGUUUCUGCUCCCCUCAAGAGUUAUUAACAUUGCUAAUAAAAAGAUUCGAUAUACCGGAUCCUUCAUUAGUUUAUGGUGAAGAAGAAAAACCUUCUGUAUGCAAGACAGCUAGAGAAGAUUGGAAAAGAUAUAGGAAAGAAUUUUGUCAGCCGGUGCAGUUUAGAGUUUUGAAUGUUUUAAGACAUUGGGUGGAUCAUCAUUUUUACGAUUUUGAACGUGACAGAAAUCUUUUGGAAAGAUUGCAAUUGUUUUUGGAUACGGUUAGUGGUAAAUCUAUGCGGAAAUGGGUUGAUUCAGUCAUAAAAAUUGUCCAAAGAAAAUGCGAACCAUCCGAACAACGAUCUAUCACGUUUAGUUUUGAACGAUCUCCUCCACCGAUAGAAUGGCAUCUUAAAGUUCCUGAGGAGGAAUAUGGGAUACUCACGUUACAUCCUAUCGAAUUAGCAAGACAAUUAACACUAUUGGAGUUUGAUCUAUAUAGAACAGUAAAACCCUCCGAAUUAGUCGGAUCUGUUUGGACAAAAAAGGACAAGGAAAAGACAUCACCGAAUUUGCUGAAAAUGAUUAAGCACACAACAAAUUUUACAAGGUGGCUAGAAAAAACAAUAGUAGAAGCUGAAAACUUUGACGAGAGAGUAGCCAUUGUAUCACGUGCAAUCGAAGUAAUGAUGGUGCUGCAAGACCUUAACAAUUUUAACGGCGUUUUGGCUGUUAUCAGCGCUAUGGGGUCGGCUUCGGUUUUUAGAUUAAAAUUUACGUUUCAACAAUUACAUGCACGAUUAGAAAAAGCGUUGGAAGAAGCGCGAGAGCUUAACAAUGAUCAUUUUCGGAAGUAUCAAGAAAAACUAAGAUCUAUUAAUCCACCAUGCGUACCAUUUUUUGGUAUGUACUUAACCAAUAUUCUGCAUAUUGAAGAGGGAAAUCCAGAUUAUUUACCGGGAAGUCCGGAGCUCAUUAAUUUUAGCAAACGCAGAAAAGUAGCAGAAAUAACUGGCGAAAUACAACAGUAUCAAAAUCAACCCUAUUGUCUUUCAGUGGAACCUAGAAUAAGACAAUUUCUUGAAAAUCUGUGCCCUUUUGAUCCUAAUAUGAAAGAUGCAGAUAUAAGCAAUUACUUGUAUAAUAAAAGUUUAGAAAUAGAGCCAAGAGGAUGUAGGCAACCUCCACGAUUUCCACGUAAAUGGCCAGAUUUGAACUUGAAAUCGCCAGGAAUCAAAGCUAGGAGCGGAAGAUUACCAGCUCCAUUACACGUGGUAACGUCCAGUGUAAGAUUACACGAUCCUCCAACGGACGCGUAUUCCCAUGAAUUACCGGAAACACCACCACAUGUAUCACAAAUCACAGUUCCACAUAUAGUGGAUCACAGCGUUUUUGCUCCUGUCUUAUUUGCUGUGCCACUUCCGGCGUCACCUAGUCCACCUAGCAUGUCGACGCUUUCGCUUGCUUCGUCAAACAGCAGCCCUCAAUCCCCUGGACAUUUCUUUACUACACAUCAUCAAAGUAAUCACUUCAUCUUUAAUACCAGCACUAUAAACAUGAUAAGUGAUUCAACGUGUCUACCAUUGCCAGGUGGAAGCCCCAGUGCAAUACCAACACCAUCAUCUCCUAAUAAUAUGUCUUCUAGCCAACUUCCACCACCUAUACCACCAAGAUCUAAACGACGAGAAAAUUCAUGUAGUGAAUCACCACAACAAGCAAAACAAGCUCCAAACGCACCAAUUCUUCCUCCGAGAGACGAUCUCUCGCCACCGCCGUUGCCACCACGACUUCCAGCAAAGCUGAAUCCAAGUAGUUCGGCAUUACUGACACGCCGAAAUUCUACUUUAGAAAAUACAUGUUGUACUAUCGUUCAUCCACGGAGACAUAUGUCUUUCAAUAGCCCUAGCCCUACAAAACUUCCACCGACGCAGCCUAACGGAUCAGUGACACCGAGGUUACCACCAAAACCUUUACCGGGACGUCCACCUACUACCAUGUUUAAUUUUAAUGCUCCUCCUGGACCUAGCUAAGUGAUGCCUUUCCUACAGUUCUAUCUUUUUAUCUUGUCGAAAAACAAUGUUUUCAGUUGCAGCUUAGUCUAUUCAGUAAAUAAGAUUAAAAUCUUUCUUGCCAUAAGAAUUAUAAGAUGAGCAUGGUCUAAUACAGAUGGAUUCCAAAGUAUUUAUCUAUCGUAAUACUUUGAUAAACCAUCAAGUAACAAGAAUAUUAAUGAAAACUUGAUGCAUUCUGACAAUUAAUUAAUAAACAAUUAUAAAUAUGAUAACCUGAUAAAUCUUCAGGUCUAGUGUCUGGAAUAGCCAAUGCUUUGUGUUCACCACAUUUUAUAUUUAUCUUACUGAAUAGACUGUGCUUAAUAUUAGUUACCUGAAUGACUUCCUUUCUUUUUUCUGAAUCCCCAUUUCUCCU